GGGAGGCGAGCGCCGCGCCGCGAUGGGCUUCGGCUGGGGCGCGCUCUGGGCCGGCGCCGCGGCGCUGCUGCUCCCCCCGGCGGCGGCCUGCUGGGGGCUGGCGCUGCUGGCGCUGCUGGCGGGCGCGGCGUGGCUGGCUUGUCGGCCCCUGCGGCUGUGGCGCGGCCCGGAGGCGGUGGGCUACGUGGGCGAGGCGGGCUGGAGCCGCGCGCAGGUGGCUGGGCGAGUGCGCAAGAGCCGCCGCACCGGCCCGCUGCCGCCCGUCUACCCCAACGGCUGGUUCCGCCUCCUGGACUCGGCCCAGCUGGCCCGCGGAGAGGCGCGCAGCGUGGCCGCGCUCGGGGAGCAGUUUGCAGUAUUCAGAGAUCUCAACGGCCAGUCUUAUGUGGUAGAUGCCUACUGUCCACAUCUUGGUGCCAACCUGUCUGUCGGUGGCCGCGUGGUGGGCAGCUGCAUUGAGUGCCCCUUCCAUGGCUGGCUAUUCAGUGGCAAGGAUGGCAAGUGUACCAGAAUCCCAUAUGCUGAAAAAGUGCCUGAAUUUGCCAAGAUCAAGGUUUGGCCAACAUGUGAGGUUGAUGGUAUGAUCUUUGUCUGGUAUCACUGUGAUGGAGUCAGCCCAACAUGGCAAGUCCCAGAGCAGGAGGAGGUGGUUUCCGGAGCAUGGGCCUUUCGUGGCAUCACUGAGCAUUUUGUCAAUGCGCACAUUGAGGAAAUCCCCGAAAACGCUGCAGACAUAGCUCACCUGUCCUUUCUCCAUGGGCCUUGCAUUAUGAGUGGAGUGGACCUGCGACACACAAAUUCAAAAUUCUGGAAGUUCAUCAGGCAUAAUUGGAAGGCGGAAUGGCAACCGGAGCCAGAGCCAGACACCCACUGUUCCUGCUUGAUUGUCAAACACAACAUAACUGUUUUUGGCACAUGCAUUCCCUUGCUCGAUGUAACUGUUUCAGCCAAGCAGAUCGGGCCUGGCUUGGUUUUCCUGUUCUUUAAGCAUUCUUUCCUGGGUGAGGGGAUCCUGAUUCAGACUGUAACACCUGUGGAACCUCUUCUGCAGCAUGUGGUCCAUCGGAUUUACUACCAGAGAAGCAUACCUGGCUUUAUCCCCAAGUUCAUGUUGUGGGCAGAAAAAGUCCAGUUUGAGCGGGACAUCAUGAUCUGGAAUAACAAGCAGUACCUCUCGAAGCCACUGCUGGUGAAAGAGGAUGCUGCCAUCCAGAGGCACCGGCGUUGGUACUCCCAGUUCUACAGCGCGCACAGUGUGAAGUUCACAAGUCAGAAGAAUGGACUAGACUGGUGACUGCAACCAGCUUGCUGUGCAAUGCCAUCAGAGCCCUUUUUUCCCCACCAGCCGAGGUCACGUUGAGUGAAAAGGUGCCAUGAACACUCUAAUUCUUUACGUGCGAGAGGGCAUAAUUGGGUCUCAAAGAGAUUUUGUUUGCUGUUUGGUUCAAAUAGAGGUUUUGCUUUCCUAAGAAGAUGCAUGGAGCAGGCACAGUCCUACUUCUAGUCCCUUGGAAGACAGCGUGAAGACCAAAUGGCCUUGUUCCCCAAAGACGUUUUUCCAGUUCCCUUCUGUAACACCUGCGUCUUGUUGUGGGACACCCACAAUUAAGAUGGCUUCAUCCUCUCAAGAAGCAGCCUGGUUUCCCAACCUAUCACCCUUGGCUUGUGACAACCAGCAUCUUUUCUUCUUCUCUCCUUACACAUUUGGUUUUCAUGAUCUAGAGAGACAGGGAGAUGUCAGCCGAGGGAGGGAGGGCAUUCUAUUCUAGGAUAGAAAUGGUGCAUCAGGCAGGUCAGCCCCAGUUUUGAUCUCUCACUGGCCCUUGCCUUGCAGCUGUUAAGAAUGCAGCAUUAAGAACUGUGCAGCUGUAGCUGAGACUUAACACAAGCUGCCUUUCUGCUUAGUUUGCUCUUCAGUUUCAGUGGGCCUACUCGGUGUUUGAGUGUACGCCCUCCCGAAACUGUCAUCUUGCUUGCAGAAGGUAUGCGCUGUUUUCCAGCUGUGUACUUACCUCUUAAAUUUCAGGGCUCACGAGGGAUAGACAUAGGCAGUAAGGCGGUUCUGGUCUGAAUGCAACUAAGUUUGUUGGCGGCAACGUUUCACUGAAAUCUGGCCCACCAAACAUGCAUUUCUCAAGUGGAGGCUAAUACUUUUGUCCUCCUGCAGCAGGUCACUUAGCGUGAAACUAAUCUUCAGCAAGGUGGUGGUAGCUUUCAGAUGAUGCCUUGGAAAGGAGUGCCUGCUCCCUGGCGUGUUUUGCAGGUUGGAAAACAUCUUGAUUAUCUAAUGAUCUCAAACUUGGAUGAUGCGCUGCACCACAGGAUAGUUCUGCCAUCAGUUGUAACUUAGCGUAGGUUCCCAGAGUAGCUUGCUGUCUGGCUGGUUCAGCAGCAGAAUGCAAGAAGCAUUCCUGAAGAAUACCGGUGAUUGCCGUCUUUUCCAUUGUUGCAUUAAACAGGUCUGCUUUUGUGGUAGUGCUGGGUGUAUUGCAAGGAGUGCCUUUUUGUGGCACAGCAUCUAAUCGCUAAAUACGAACGAUGCGGGGAACUUGCUAAACCAACAGAUGCCAUUUUAUUUUCUGGAUGGGGCUUGCCCGUGGCACUUGGAGGUCCCCGUGUGGGGCCUUCUUGGAACUGCUGCAACAAAGGAAGCCGCCUGGUUUUCUCUCUCUCCGUGCUGCUGAGCACCCAGCUCAACUCGUUUUCCAACUGAUGAAAGAGCUGCUCCUAAGCUUUACGAAUUGACAAACAAUCCAGUUGCAGCCUAGGGUCAAAUUCUGGCCACCUGGCUAUGUGUUUGCC